UGAUCUUAAGCAGAACUUCUUCAUUCAAAUUUAAUGGUUUUUCUUUGCAGUCACCACGUGUGAGCACGCAGAGGUUGCAUUGUCAUUGCUCCGCGAAAACAGAAACAACUUUCACUUGGUUAUAAGCGAUGUGCACAUGCCAGACAUGGACGGAUUUAAACUUGUCGAGCUCAUUGUACUGGAGAUGAACCUCCCUGUUAUAAUGAUGUCCGUGGAUGACAGUAGAAGUGUAAUUAUGAAAGCCGUGAUUCAUGGCGCACAUGACUAUCUGGUUAAACCGGUGAGCAUUGAAGCGCUAAAGAACAUUUGGCAGCAUGUUGUUCGACAGAAUAAGGACGAGUGGAAGGGGAAGAUUUUGGAUCGAUUAGGAAAUGUUGAAGGUGCUGAGUCUAAAGAAGGGAGGCUGAAAAGCUCGAAGAAGAGAAACGACGAGGAGGAAAAUGAAAUCGGAGAAAGGAAUGAUACGAAUACAGUGAAGAAGGCGCGUGUACUUUGGUCACCGGAACUUCAUGAGAAGUUCAUACAAGCUAUCAAUCAACUCGGAGGGGACAGUAAGAAGGCAGUUCCCCAGAAAAUUCUGAAACUGAUGAAUGUUCCGGGGCUAGAAAGAGAACACGUUGCUAGCCACCUUCAGAAAUACCGACUGCAACUACAGAAGAAUCGGAGUGGACUGGAGAGUGGUUUCAUGUUACAUUCGGAAGUAACCAUUGGGACACUGCUCAACAAUCUUGAUGUUCAAACUCUCGCACCUAUGGAUCAACAUCCUGUUCAAAAUCUUACUACCCACCAGGGGCCGACGUGGGUUAGGCCAAAAUCUCCCAUAUUUAUCAAAGAGCCGACAUGGGGUAGCCCUACAACAAAAUCUCCCAUAUUUAUGCAGAGAAACCAUUUAAGCUUUCAAAAUCCGGUGUUGAGAUAUCAAGGUCCGCAACAGAUGAACAAUAGCAAUAAGCAAGUUAACUUGCCUUGUGGAAUUCCAACAACUGAACAAUUCUUGAGAAUGAAUAUUCCAGUAGCACGGAUUUCUCAACCACAGUUACGAGUUCAGAAUAUGCUCAGUGAAUCCAAUAAGAUCCUAUCACAGAAUGGUAUUGUAGACGAUACAAGAGAUAGUAUGUACAAUCAGGUUCCCCGAACAGCAGUAGAUUUCUCAUUGAAUCAAAACAUACCGCUGGCAGGAACCAACUUUCUUUUGAGUGCCAAUUCAACUGUAUCAGCAACUACGGAACAAGUUAACGUUGGUUAUGACAAUUUCAGCGAAUUGUGUCAACAAAAGGCACAGGACUGGGGCUUACAAAAUGUUGUUGGAUCAACCUUUGAUGCCUCGAUGGAGCAAAAUGGACAGAACUUAAAUGCUCCUAUUGCGGAAGCAGUUUUCUCUAGUAGGCAAGAAAUUGGACAUGUUAAUUCUAUCGAUGGUCCACAAGUUAACUCAGUUAGAGCAGCUGAAAGAUAUACCGAUUCAAGCUAUCAGAGCACUAUUUUUCUUGAGCCAUUUGAACAAGAUAACGACCUCAUGAGUGCCCUUCUCGAGCAGGUUAGUCUUAAUUUGUUAUCUUUACCUCGCUUCAAUAUUAGUUCUUAUGUCUCGUAUUUCAACAUCUAAGUUUAUAACUGCUACAUUUUACUGACCACGAUCAAUUUUCUGUACCAGCAGCACGAAAGUACUGUUGGACAAGUUGACAGUGUGUUUGGUCACGAUGAAGUUGCAUUCGAAAAUCUUCCAGUGUAAGAUGUGAAGAAACUCUGGUUUCAUUCAAAUUUUAGACUUGGAUUCUGGAUUCAAGUCAUGCGUAUUGCAAAUAUUGCACUCUAAACUUAAAUAAUUUAGAUUUUUUUUUUUCUUCGUAUUUUCGAAUUGGUUUUAGUGUACAGAAUUGAGUUACAAUUGCUAUAAAUUAAAGUAUAAGUUUUUUGAAUUUUAUUAGUUUGCUCGUUUAUCUUAUCAAUUCCUGUUGCCAGCCUCUUUUGACUAGUGAAUAUCCCAUCGAGUUCUGUGAGUUCAACUGAAAUCAUUUCGUUGUGCAUAUAAAAGAAUUAUCUUUAUUAUAAGUUCAUCGACUAUGAAUAUCCCUCUCGUUGUGAUCUAGCUUGGAUUUAGUCUUGCAA